UUUAUCCUCAAAUAUUAUCAACCUUUUGAUGAAAAAUCAUCAACGAACAAAGAAACUUUUAAAUCGUUAAUUAAAGAAAAAAUUUUUCCACAAUCGUCUACAAGCGAUAAAAGUUUCAAAAAAAACUUGAAAUCAAAAUCACGAUGUCCUGCGGAACGAAAAAAGUUUCCUACAAAAUUUGUCGUUGCGCGUGCAAAUGGAAUUGCAAUUGUUUAAUUCCACAGGAGAAAAAAUCUUUUCCUGCUUUCGGUAGCAGCGCGAAACGAGAUGUGAGAAUAGGGUUGCAUCCAAAAAUGUACAAAGGUUCAACAAUAGACUCACCAGCGGUAGGAUUGUACAAUCCAAAAUUUCCUUUUAAAUGCAAACGUCCAAGCAUAAGGUAUACGUAUAUUUCUAAAUACCCUUUCAACAGGAGUAAAAACCUUUUACCACCGAUCUGUAUACAGAAAGAUUGUUUCUUCUUCGUUUAAAAUUUAGUUGGAAGAGGCAGAUAGAAACGAAAGAAUUCUCGUUGACGAUGGGAGGAAGAUACGAGGGAAAAUUGAAGGAGCAAAGGGAACAGUUGAAAGUAGGUCGUGGUCCGGGAACCCACGAGAUCCUUCAAUGGCCCGACGACGUGCUGCAAAAACCUUGCAAGACAACGAAAAGAAACGUUGGAUUUGGCGGAAUUGUUCCCCUUUUCCAACCUUCUUGGCCAUCCGUUACUCCAGGACCAGGCGAAUGAUUCAACAAAUUAUCUUCCUCCACUUGGCGUUCCUUCCAUCAAUUUUUAGUAACGCUUUUUUUAUUCUCUGUUUCAGGAUACUCAAAGUAUUAUCCUUAUUAUUACAUCGACAAGAGGGAACGCGAGGGUGCAUCCUGCGUUCCAACAUUCGAGUACGAUGGUUUGUACCCAAGAUCCACGAUCGAAGUUAAACCUUGGUCGUUGCCCUGCAUCUUAUACAAGGUGAAAGAUGCAAGGACGUUGGAUGCUUUUUUAAAGAAAGUCGUUGGAAAGAGGGGCCCCUACGAUUUGUUCACAGGUUGGCUAGGAUGAAUACCUACGUCGGAUACUCUACAUCUACGUUUCAUUUCUUUUUUUUUCAGGGCCAAGAGACGACACCACGAUCAAAAAUUAUUUCGCAAAAUCGAAAAAAUUCGACAACUGGCCCAUAUCGAUCCCAUGCGAAAUGGACAAAUUGAAGAAGAAAUCGAAUUAUUACAAGGGACGUUGGAGCACUUGUCCAAGAUUUCUAAAGGCAACGGGCAUAAGGAUGAUAUUGAAAAACAUAGCGUUGUGUUACAAGGAUCCAAAGGACCCAGGACCCGGCCAUUACGACCCAAAAUCUCCGAGGAAGCCAAAGAACAUGAAGAAUUAUCCGUUCAACAUCAACACCGAAUUCAUCAGAUCACCUCCGCCCACGGAGAUUCUACCUGGACCAGGAAGAUACACAAUCGAGAAAAAGAGAAUUAUAGAGGGAAACGGAUGGACUUACGUCUUCAAGAGCAAAGCUCCACGAACCAAAUUUAUUUACAUCCCUUCGUACAGUUAUUUCUAAUUUUUUCCUCUUCAAUUUUCCCAGUUUUCUUUUCUUUUUUUUUUUUUUUUUAUUAAAAUACGACUCGUUAAAUAAAAUAAAUUGAAUUU